CCACGAAUGUGAGGCAAUUUCUGCCCCCGUCCAGGCAGAGCUCCCGCUCUCUUAUUCCUAGGAUAACCAGUGUAUGGCCAAGGAUGCCUUUCCGACCACUUUUUUCUACCAUACAAACAGCUUCUCUGCUCAGCUCUCACCCUUUGGAAGCAGCCAUGUUUGGGGUAGCAGGGGCUAUGUAUUAUCUGUGUGAGAGAGCUUUUACCAGCAGGUGGAAAUCCUCAAAGGAGGAAUUCUGCUACCCAGUGGAGUGCCUUGCUCUUACUGUGGAGGAAGUGAUGCAUAUUCGCCAGGUCCUGGUGAAGGCAGAGCUGGAAAAAUACCAACAGUAUAAAGAUGUCUACACCGCCCUGAAAAAAGGAAAGCUCUGCUUUUGUUGCCGAACCAGGAGGUUUUCCUUCUUCACCUGGUCUUAUACCUGUCAGUUCUGUAAGAGGCCGGUGUGCUCGCAGUGUUGCAGAAAGAUGCGGCUGCCCUCCAAGCCAUACUCCACUCUUCCUAUCUUUUCGUUGGGACCUUCUGCCUUGCAAAGAGGGGAAAGUUGUGUUAAGUCAGAAAAACCCUCCGCUGGCCACCAUCGGCCACUUCGGAGCAUUGCCAGGUUCUCCUCAAAAUCUAAGUCUGUAGACAAAUCAGAAGAAGACCUCCAAUUUCCCAAAGAGUUGAUGGAGGACUGGAGCACUACAGAGGUGUGUGUAGACUGCAAAAAGUUCAUUUCAGAAAUCAUCAGUUCAAGCCGGCGCAGUCUGGUGUUGGCCAACAAAAGAGCUCGAUUAAAAAGGAAAACACAGUCUUUCUACAUGUCCUCACCAGGCACCUCGGAAUACUGCCCUUCAGAGAGGACUAUCAAUGAAAUCUGAGCCUCGUGCCUUCCGUUGCUUUUGUGUUCAGAGAGAGCAUCAGUGCGCGAGAACACUGACCCGGACUGUCUCCUUCCCGUGUUUUUAUUUAAUAAGCUUGAAUUUGCAUUAGGUCAGAUUUUUUCCACAUCACAUUGUGGGGAAAAAAAAAACUGAAUGCUGUGUUCAUAUCAAUUGAUGAUAUGUGACAGAUCAGCCAAUUGAUCAUUUGCUCUGAGAGAAGACAGCAGUUUGAAAUUUGCUUUUGUGUGUGUGUGGACUUGGAAGCCGGAAACUUUCUCCUUAGUUCAGUUCUUCAGUGUUCCUCAAAUAAUUUCCUGACUAAGGCCAAAAGCUUCUUAUAUGAGAAAUCAGUCUAACGGAGGUGUCGAUGUCAGCACAGUGCUAAGCAGUAAGUCAUAUUGGCAUUUCCACAUGACAGUGUUCCUACCCAGUGUGCACAGUGAUUCUGAGCCUGCCAUACACCUGGCACUGGAGGCAGGCCACAGCACAAAAUCCUGAAGCAUCUGCUGAUACUGAUGUUUAAAUUAUCAUUACUCUGAGAUAAACAUUAUAUAAAGGACUUUCUGCUUGAAAUCCAGUGCAAAACAUCUGAAUAAGCUGUACACCUCCACUGCGGACCAUUUCCCUUGAGCUGCUGUGUCUGUCCCGGUGUCUCAGAUCAGUGUCUCCUGAGCAUGACAGGUUUCAUUCCCUAUCUCGAAUGUAUUAUGGUUACCAAUAGUUUUAUAAUGGAGGUCUAAGAAUUAAAGUUUUGUGGGAAUUUCAGGACAAAGGAAGCCUAAAAAUUUGAUGAGAAGUUGAUGUAUUUUGGUUAACUAUGAAAAGGGUUGUGACAGCAUUAGGUGCCAGCUAUUGGCCAUGCUGUGGAGCAUGAGCUGGAGCUCACACAUUUUCAGCUACAUUUUCAUAACUUCAUACUGCAGCCAUCACAACUAAAUUAAGCCACAAUUUGGUACUUAAAGCCUCAAACUGAAAUUUAUUUUUAUAAAUGAAUUUUAAAAUUAAAAAAUAUCUAACUCUUUUAAAAUUACAAGAAAAUUUACCUGCUGACAGGCAAAAUUUUUGGAUGCUUUUUGCACUAGUUUUCCUUGUAAAUGACUUGAGCUUGUAAGUUGAGUUCUGAUGAAGGUAGACUGGAAGGUAGCAUUGUAUACCUGAAAUUUCUCAGCUUGCUUGGCCCGUACUAUAGACUAUACUUUAAUAUUUUGGGAUGCUUAGAAAUGACGAACUAAUCAAAUUGCCAUGAAUGUUUGGAAAAUUGAUUAAUGCACGUGCACAAUAAUUUCCUGAAAGCUCCAGGACAUGUCUGUAGUCAACAGUAUGACAGCCCAUUUACUAAAAGGCAUGGCAGUCACAUUUUAUACCACAUCAAAAUGCAGUAACAUUUCUAAUGUUAAAUUUACAGUAAUACCUCAAAACUGCUCUGGUAGUGUUUUUUAAUGGAUUGAAAUUUACAAUUUAGUUAAUGGCUUACAAUUACUUAUACUUACGAAAUAAACUUUACCAACUGACUAAAAUAA